AGCACUCCAAAAAAAUCAAUUUAUAUUUCUUGUUUUCAAUAAAUUGAAAAAAUUCCUCUUGAUAACGGAUAGAUUGCUUAUCGUGCUGCAACCGCUUCGCUUCGCACAUUUCACAUUCAUUCCAAUCAAUAGAUUUCCGGAAGAACACAAGGUUUCGAAGAAAUACUCAAAAACAUACACGGGAAAUUAAAAAGCAGCUAACAGAUUUGGUGGAUACCGUUUACCAAAAAGCAUCGGCAUGGAUGCCCCAAAAACCUCAGACAUCAUCAUAAUUGCUGGCAAUUCUCAUCCAGAAUUAGCCAAUCUAAUAACAAAACGACUUGGGGUAUCGAUGGGCCAAUGUGCCAUAUAUCACAGAAGUAACCGUGAAACUAUGUUUCAAAUCGGAGAUUCGGUUCGAGGGAAGGACAUUUUCAUCAUACAAACUGGAACUAAGGAUGUUAAUAACAAUAUAAUGGAAAUGCUUAUUAUGGCCUAUGCUCUAAAAACAUCGUCAGCUAACUCAAUAGUGGGUGUAAUUCCAUAUCUGCCCUACAGUAAGCAAUGCAAAAUGCGUAAACGUGGGGCUGUGGUAACUAAACUGGUGGCUCAAAUGAUGGUUAAAUCUGGAAUGACUCAUAUUAUUACUAUGGAUCUGCACCAAAAAGAGAUUCAAGGUUUCUUUGAUUGUCCAGUGGAUAAUUUGAGGGCCAGUCCAUUUUUAUUACAGUAUAUCCAAGAAAGUAUUCCAGAUUACAGAAAUGCUGUUAUUGUAGCUAGGAAUCCUAGUGCAGCUAAAAAGGCUACAUCUUAUGCGGAGCGUCUCCGUUUGGGAAUUGCCGUUAUUCAUGGAGAACAAAAAGAAUCUGAUGCUGAUGAGGUUGAUGGUCGUUACUCACCACCGACAGUUCCACGUUCCCGUACCAUGGAAGCUGGUGUAGGCGUGCCAAUUCAUAUUGCUAAAGAAAAACCACCAAUAAAUGUAGUGGGUGACGUAGGUGGCAGAAUAGCUAUUAUGGUGGAUGAUUUGAUUGAUGACGUCCAAUCGUUUGUGGCAGCAGCCGAAGUGCUAAAAGAGCGUGGGGCCUACAAAAUUUACGUUCUGGCUACCCAUGGACUUUUGUCGUCAGAUGCUCCGAGGCUAAUUGAAGAUUCUCCAAUAGAUGAGGUUGUUGUCACCAACACGAUACCUCACGAACUACAAAAAAUGCAAUGUCACAAGAUUAAAACUGUGGAUAUAUCGAUUUUGAUGGCUGAGGCCAUUCGCAGAAUUCACAACAAAGAGUCCAUGUCUUAUUUGUUCAGAAAUGUGACACUUGAAGAUUAAGGGAUUAGGUAUAGACUUAAUAUAGUGGGACAAAAAUUUUAAUUAUUAAGAAUAAUGAUAACAUUUAUUGUUAUUGUAUUGUUAGGUUUACUAUUAUUGUUAAAAGGAAUACAUUUAUCAAUUGGAUAAGUAUAAAUAAAUAGAAAUAGUGAUCACAGUUUUUGCGUGUACUUUUAUUACAACAAUUAUUUGGGUGUGGUUUGUUUUAGACUGGUCUGCUCAAUUUCCUGAUUUAAAUCCCGUUUCUGCUCUUCAAACCAAAAAACGAGUACUAUCCUACUGCCACCGCUUCGCAAACAGAAAAGAACAUCCAAUAUUUCUCCGUAGAAGGGAUAUACCUACGCAACCUUCGCUAAAAUCAUAAAAUUAGUGCAGAUGCAAGAGUUUCCUCUGGAAUACGAGGCAUUAAAACGAAAUGCAAGCAAGCUGAAGUCUCUAAAUCCGUUACUUGACCAUAAAGGCAUAAUUCGUAUCGGAGGAAGGUUGGAAAAUGCAUCGCUAACUUACGAUCAAAAACAUCCGAUGAUCAUACCCUAUAUCAUAGUCAUGUCGCCAAAUUAGUAAUCGCAGACGCCCACAAGAAGACUCUUCAUGGAGGCAAUCAAGCCACAUUCUCAUACGUAAGAAGCAAAUUCUAGGACAUUAAUGGAAAGCCAGCAGUGAAAGCGAUGUUAAAAAACUGCAUCAUGUGCAUGCGACACAAAGCAAGAACAGCAGAGCCACUGAUGGGACAAUUACCGCAAGCUAGAGUUACGCCAGCACCUCCUUUAAUGAGUUCGGGGGUAGACUAUGCAGGGCCCAUUCAAGUUAGAGCCACCUAAGGGAAGAGGACACAAAUCCUACAAAGGCUAUACCAGUCUGGCAAAUGAACAUCUUACAGGCCAAUUUUAAUGCAAUAAAAUGAAAUACCUAGAAAACGUCUAAGGUUAAAUAGAGAACGAAAAAGAUUUUCUCUGUUCCACCUCCAGCAUUCCCAGCGCUCCAUGCUUGCGGUGGAACACGGGAAACUGUUUUCGUUCUCUAUUUUACCUUAGACUUUUUCUAGACAUUUCAUUCUAUUGCAUUAAAAUUGGUCUGCAAGAUGCUGACUUGCCAGACCUGUAUAGCAGUUUUCGUCUGCCUAUCCACCAAAGCAAUUCACCUCGAAGUUGUCAGUGACAUGACGUCUGAAGCAUUCCUAGCGGUAUUCCGAAGAUUAAUCGCUAGAAGAGGCCAUUGCGCAAAUGUUGAAUUUGAAAACGAAGUCAACGUAAAAAUCGACACACCAACAUUACAAAACGCAAUAAUAAAUAUGGGUACCCAUGACCCAGUGGCACUUUAUCCCCACAGCCGCACCACAUUUUGGAGGAAUAUGGGAAGCAGGGGUCAAAUCAAUGGAAUUCCACAUGAAGUGUGUCAUUGGAGAGUGCACCUUAACAUAUGAGGAACUCACAACUUUGACAUGCCAAAUCGAAGCUUGUUUGAUCUCGAGGCUACUUUGUCCGUUGGUAGAAGAUACAGACGACACCAGUGUAUCAACGCCUGGCGACUCAUCCAACAAAUUAAGAAAAACCUCUGGCAUGCUUGGUGUACAGAAUACCUUGCAAGACUACAGCAAAGAUCAAAAUGGAAAAGCCAAAGUGAAAACUUAAGAAUAGGCACUAUGGUCCUACUAAAAGAAGAAAACGUGAAUUCUGCCAUUGGGCCGCUGGCACGAAUCGCUGAAAUCCACCCAGGAAAGGAAAGUUCAAUUCAUAAACUAAUUCCACUUCCGAAAGAAAAAGACGAGAGCCUCUCAGCUUCAAAAAUU